AUUAAACAAAAAUUAACCCAAACAUGUUAGGACAAAAGUGGCUUUCAACUGCUUUGAAUGCCAGAACCCAAGGAUCAGGCACUGAAGCAAUAGUUUUUGCUCAUGGUUAUGGAACAGACCAGUCUAUCUGGGACAAAAUCACUCCCUUCUUUGCUGAAAAUUACCAUGUUGUUUUGUUUGAUUGGCCUUUUUCUGGAGCUGUGAAAGAUGAGAGCCUCUAUGACCCAGUUAAGUACUCCUCCUAUGAAGCUUUUGCAGAUGACUUGAUCACUCUCAUGGAUCAGAUGGACCUCAAAGAUGUCACCUUUCUUGGUCAUUCUAUGUCUGGUAUCAUUGGUUGCUUAGCCUCUAUCAAAAGGCCUGAACUCUUUAAAAGGCUUAUUCUUCUUGGUGCUUCCCCAAGGUAUAUAAAUACAAAUGACUACGAGGGGGGCUUUACAAGCUCAGAUAUUGAGCAGUUAUUGGGGAACAUGGAGUCCAACUAUGAAAAAUGGGCUUCUUCCUUCUCAUUACUAGCAGCGGAUCCAAAUAAUGAACCCUCAGUGAACAAAGUCCAAGAGUGCUUCAAAAGGAUGAGAGCUGAAGUUGCAGUUUCCUUAGCAAAGACUGUGUUCUAUAGUGACUACAGAGAUAUACUCGAGAAAGUUGAAAUUCCAUGCACUAUCAUUCAGACCUCUAGUGACAUGGUCGUUCCACACAGUGCAGCACUUUACAUGGAGAAGAAAAUUAAAGGCAAAGUUACAAUGGAAGUUAUAGACACCAUUGGCCAUUUUCCUCAGCUAACUGCACACCUUCAGCUAGUUGAUGUGCUUAAGGGGGUUCUGGGCUUUAGCCUCACUCAAAUUUAGACAUGCCUUAGUUUGUAUGUUUUGUGUCCUUAGUUGUACCUCUUCUGAUUUAAUUUAUAGGCUCAUGUAGUUGUAUGUGAAUUAUAUGGUUUCUUGAUGAAUGAUAUGGAAAGAGUGUUGUAUCUUUU